UUGGGCGGAUUCGAUUAUGCUGAGCCGCGGGGCACCGGGAGGAUCGCCGUUAUCAAAUCGAACAGUAAUCUGUGCCACUUGGUCAUUUUGUCAACAAGGCGGCAUGAUGCAUCGUCCAGAAACAAUUUAAUUUUUUCCCUAAGUAAAUGUUUAACUUUUCUGACUAUUUUUCAUUGGGAUGGUAGGUAAAGCGUUUUUAUCAAAAGCAAUGACUUUUGCAUGGAAAACACAGAAUCCUACUAAUUACUACAAGUGCUUAAUUACGUCACUUUUGUUUUGAGCCGACUUCGCCGUGGGUUUUGAACUGGGCACCUGGCUCACGCCUGGGAGGCAAUCGGGUUCAUAUCGAAUGCAAUCAAAUUUCAGCUGAUGCAAAAGACGCCUACACGGGCGAGAUUAAUCGAACCCCCUCACUGAAGUGUGACAGUUCCACGAAGGUCUGAAAGAACAAGGAAGUUAUAGCUAACCGCCAGAUAACCUGCCGCCUGAGUUGGACGAGAAACAAUACGUGUAUUUUGGUUAUUCCCUCUAUUUCAACCAAGGAGAACACAGCUUCUGAGGGGGUAUUCCAGCAGGUUCUUGGCCAUGUCUCCCAGGCCUAGUGUUGAGCUCACAGGGUGCUUCUGGCCAGAAGUGAGCUGCAGGUCUUUGUGUCGGUCAUCGUCAUCAUUGCUGUGAGAUCUGCCUGUCUGUUGACCCCUGACCCCGCAGUUCCUGUUAUCACCCAAUCAUCAUGGCCCCUGUGCCACCUGGCAUCCGCUUCCUGGCCUCCUUCAACAGAGACCAGUGGUACCGAGCCUUCACAUUUGGCCUCACCUUCCUUCUGUACACCAGCUUCCACCUGUCCAGAAGACCCAUCAGCAUCGUCAAGAGUGAGCUACAUAAGAACUGCUCAGCUCUCAAUGAGCUCUCCACAGCCAGUAGUAGCCAGCUGUCUAACCUCCACACAGAUGCAGAGUGCAGCUGGAAACCCUUUGAUAAAAGCAACUAUAAGCAGCUGCUGGGAGCCGUGGACUACUCCUUCCUCUGUGCCUAUGCUGUGGGCAUGUUCCUCAGUGGCAUCAUCGGUGAACGCCUGCCCAUCCGUCUGUACCUGACGUUUGGCAUGCUGAUGAGCGGCCUCUUCACCUGUCUGUUUGGCCUGGGCUACAUCUACAACAUCCACAGCCUUGGCUUCUAUAUAUUUGUCCAGGUGGCUAAUGGCUUGGUUCAGACCACUGGCUGGCCCAGUGUUGUCACAUGCAUCGGGAACUGGUUUGGAAAGGGAAGGAGGGGUCUGAUCAUGGGCAUAUGGAACUCCCACACCUCCGUGGGCAACAUCUUGGGCUCUCUGAUUGCAGGCUACUGGGUCUCCUCCAACUGGGGCCUGUCCUUCAUCGUUCCCGGCCUCGUCAUCGCUGCCAUGGGAAUCAUCUGCUUCCUCUUCCUCAUCGAACAUCCAAAUGAUCUUAGAAGCAUCCAUGCUGUACAGAACCCUGCUCCCUGCAGCAACAAUCAAAAGCUGACAAAGAACUGGAAUGGGACGAAUGGACACAAGCAACUGUACCAUUCAUACAAACAGGGAGACAAAUAUCAGAACUGGGACACAGAUCUGCUGCUCCCUCAGGACAACAACAGCAGUGUGUCUGUCCCCGUACAGCAGGUGGCGGUGGUGAGGAGCGAAUCAGAGCCCUCGGCCAUCAGCUUCAUGGGAGCUCUACGCAUUCCGGGAGUAAUAGAGUUCUCGCUCUGUUUGCUGUUUGCCAAGCUGGUCAGCUACACCUUCCUCUUCUGGCUGCCACUCUACAUCACGAAAACCGCUCACCUAGAUGCCAAGAAGGCCGGUGAUCUCUCCACUCUGUUUGACGUGGGAGGAAUUGUGGGGGGAAUCUUGGCUGGGGUCAUAUCUGAUAAACUGGGAAAGAGAGCCACCACCUGUGCAGUGAUGCUGCUGCUGGCUGCUCCUACACUUUAUGGCUUCUCCAUGAUCAGCGAGUUUGGACUGGGACCGACCAUCGGUAUGCUACUGGUGUGUGGAGGACUAGUGAAUGGGCCAUAUGCCCUUAUUACAACAGCAGUGGCUGCUGAUCUGGGAACACACAAGAGCCUGAAGGGCAACGCCAGGGCUCUUUCUACUGUCACGGCCAUCAUUGACGGCACAGGAUCAGUAGGUGCAGCAAUAGGCCCCCUUCUGGCAGGAGUGUUGUCGUCACAGGGCUGGGACCAGGUCUUCUACAUGCUGAUGGCAGCUGACUUCCUAGCACUGUUGCUGUUGCUGCGGCUGGUGACGAAGGAGCUGACCUCUGGUAAUGUGGUUAAACCUCGUUCUGGCAGCACCACUGUAGAGAUGAAGGAGCACUAAGCACUUUGCACUAACUCUAGACCGAGAAGUGAACAGACUGGCCCUCUCAGCACAGACACACUGCAUCUUAUACCACUACCCUGGACUGGACCUUUUAACUGAGAUGAACUGAACCCACCCUGCCUGUGGUCACCUCUCUAUCUUAAUCCAUUCCCUACAAACCAGGGCACAGUUUUUCAAAAGUUAUCUGGAUUUCAAGUAAAUUAUUUGUCUGUUCUAUUAAUAUGCCUUUAAUCCUGUCUGAUAGGUUUUGAAAAACUGGGCCCAAGAGCUAGACCAUGUUCACAAAGAGACAUAGACAGACAACACUUCUUUCUAAAGGUCUGUUGUCACUGCGAUCUUGGCUGUACCUCCGUCCAUUCAGCAGUAGUUGACGUUAACUAGUGUGUAGCUGCAGCACCAAUUGGAACCGAAUGAAAGUCUAUGAAGAUUCAGUAGCGGAGAAUAACAAGCAACCAACCAAGCCAUCCUCUGAGCACAUACCACUUUUUUUUUUUACUUGUUCUACAGCACAUUGGGCCUUUAAAAAUAUAUUUUUUACUGUCACUUCUGCCUUAUGUAACCAAAGAUUGUGGUGAAAUGCAUAGUAAUUUAUAUGAAAAUAUUUAAAUGAUAUUUUCUUUUUUCUGGUGGUGAUCUAUGUAUGUUCUCUGUUUAGGAAGUAUAUGAAGGUACUGAUAUGUUGUAUUCUUAUAUGAUCAGCAAAUGAUGGUGCGGUUUGUUAUGUUUGGGGACUUGAAUACUACGAAUGUAACAUUUUGUGUUUGAGUAUGAAAUUCUAUAUACCAACUCCGAGGAGGAUCAACCAUUUUUCAAUCAGUUAUAUUUAUGCAGUGCAAUGUUGAAAACUGUGUGAUGUUCUUUAGUAUAUGUAGAAAAUACCAAAUGCCAUCACCCCAAACCUUAAAAUGCUCACAAAGUAAGAUAAUUCAUUCUGCCUUUAUUGUGAACAUUUUUAAAGGUGUUCCUGUGACUAAUGCUUGCUACCUCCGAGUCCUGCGAGUUUAAUGCGCCAAAUGAGUGAAGAAAGGUAGCCUAUGUACAGUGAGGGAAAAAAGUAUUUGAUCCCCUGCUGAUUUUGUACGUUUGCCCACUGACAAAGA